AGUUGUUCAGUUAGGUUCAUCGAUUAUUUUGAUUUUUAUUAAUAACUCUGAUUAUUUCCAACCCUGUGGUGGGGUGUUAUAGACCCAUCAUUAAUCUCUUAACAUUUAUUGCCAGGUGAUCUCCAGUAGCAGACCAUGAUCAGAGGCAGGAAGGGCGGGCAGAGGUCGGUGGGUGGCAGAGAAGAACCUACAGGUCCUCCCACCCUACCUUCCCUCACUGGUACCGGCAGACACAACCCCAGUGACAUAGCUCGGUACACCCUGCAGCAGCUUUUGGUGACCACGGAGAUACUGGUCCCUCCCAUGCCGAGAUUUGUGGGUAGAGGCUCUGGUCGUCGUCUAGUAGGCAGAAGGUCACCACGCCUGAGAACAGCUUCUACCACACACCUCAAAGUUACCACACACAUGGAGGGUGGUAGUGGUGGAGGAGGGAUCCGGCAAGACUCAACAAUGACGCCAGCCACCAUGAUGGAGCCUGCCAUGGUAGCUGCUGAAUUUCGGAACCGCAUGAAGCCCCUAACACAACCCAAGAAGUACGGGGCAGUGCCAGCUCCUGCAGGGGAUGGGUCCAACCCCUGGGACUACAGUCAGUUGCUACAUAGACGCCGCGCUAGGAUACGCCAUGCUGCACACUUCCACAGACGUCGUCGUGCAGAGUUUGCCCUCCUAGUGAUGAAUUCGUGCCGCAGGCUGAGGGCCACCCACCGCCCCAGCCCACCAGACCUAGUCCAAACCCUCAUCCACCGCAUACCCAUCAUCCUCAGAACAAAAUAUGACCGCAUCCUGAAGGAACUGUUCCAAGAACUACAGGGGAGAGAAGUGCAGCCAGUGCAAAUGCAGCCUCUGGGAACUUUUGAAAGGCAUGACGUGGUAGGUGUGGAGCGGGUGCCAUGGGUGGGGCGGGAGAGGCGUGCCCUGAGUCGUGCCAUGGCCAGCUUUCCCCCAGCUGUGAGGACUGUCAUGGCCCAGGCCCUGAGGCCACUAGACACACUCAGUCUGGUUGACAGCCAUGAUGGAGGUGGGGGUGUAGGUGUGGGUGAAGGUGUGGAGCUGAGCGUUUUGAUCACAAGGUGGCGGGCAGCAGCUAGGGCAGGACGUUCUCAUCUCCGUAACAACUGGUUCCCCACAUCUCUCUCAUCCAUUCGGGAAGCGGCUCUGGCUACCAACCUCUCUCCUUCUCGUAGACACACUGUAAUGCAUGCCUUCAAUAACCUCCUGGCCUCUAAACUGCAAGAGGUGCUGAUUCGCAGUGUGGAGAGCGUCCUCAAAUGGCUGGGAAGUGAGGAGGAGCCAUGGGUGGGUCCCAGGAUCAAAUUGUACCUGGUCUUAGAUGAUAACCAGGUGGUCCUGAACCCAGAUGAGGAGGCACUCUAUUCAGCCUUCAUGGAUCUCUUCAAGGAGCUGGAUGAGUGUGUACAACUGUAUCGUGGAACAUGGGAUGAACCAAAACCCCCCAAGAUACCCAAAUGGCGUCAACGUGCAGCAGAGAUGGGACCCCCAGGUGAAGAGGAAGUGGCUCCCCCACUGCGUCCUCUUCAACCCCGCCGGGAAACUCUGGUUGUCACUCUUUCUGAGCCUCAGUGGGAAGCCUUCCGGAACAUGCUCACCACAAGCAUUCAAAUUCGGUUCACUAAGGCUGGAGAGUUCUUGGACCAAAUAUCCAGUGAGUGGUCGACUGUGCUGCGUGGAGAGGUGAGGACCGAGGUGGAUCACUUUCUGAGUCUGGGCGCUGAGCUGGAUGAGUAUGCAGGUCAGAUCCACCACUACUCGGCUUAUAUUGAGCAGGCCAGUCAUGUCCCCACAUCUGCCACUCUACAUGUCUUCAGACUGGAGUACAAAUUUCUGCGACAGAGUCUGCUGUUAGUGUCUUCGUCCUUCGUGUCUGUUCUACGAGACAGACUGAUAGCUGACCACCGUGAAACAACACAAGGACUUGAUCAACAGUUUGGAAUGAUCCAUAAACGUCUCCAUGAGAUUCCCAAGUCUACAGAUGAGCUGUUCAAGCUGAUGGAAUAUGUGGAGGAAGUGCGACGCAUUACCAUCCACCGACUGGCUGAGGAAGUGGCGGAUAUGGUUGUUAGGCUGAAGGUGAUCUUGGAUGUGGUCCACCUGACCCCUGAUGACCUUGCCACCACUGCUGCAGUCAUUGUUUGGCCAGCCAAGCUCAAGCCUGUUGUGGACCGUGCUGUUGAGUCACUGGAGGAUUUAAAACAAGAGUUUGAGGAGACUUUGGUGGAGAGAUCAGGGGAAGUCAACCACACCUUGGAGCGCAUCCAACAGUUUGUGACAGAGUUGGAAGAAUUGUCUGAUGUCUCCCAUGUCAACAAGUACAUCAGGGAGGUGCGAAAAUUGGAGGGAAGACUGGAGAAAGUUAGCACUCUAGUGUCAUGGGUCAACCAGGAGGAGUCACUCUUCAAGUUCCAGCUCUCAUCCUUUCCACUUCUUGCUGAGCUAAAGGACUGCUUGGUGCCAUACGAUGAGCUCUUUACACUAGUGAUGAAGUGGCGUAAAUAUGAGAAGUAUUGGAUGGAUGGUGAUUUCACGAGCCUCGACCCAGAUUUUAUAGAUGGUGAGACAGAAGAACUGGCCAGGGAACUGUUUCGACUUCGUAAAACCUUCAAGAUGAAAUUUAAGCAGCAAGCUCUAGAGGGUGACCCACGAAAGGCCAGGAUGAACCUGGAUGACCCAAAUCCAGAUAAUCUGCCAGGACCACUGCGGGUGUGUGCCCUUGCCCUCACACAGAUCAAAAACUUCAAGGAGCACCUACCUCUGGUGUCUGUCCUGUGUAACAAAGGGUUACGACCACGACAUUGGGAAAACCUAAAUAAAGCAGCUGGUUUUGACAUUACUCCUAAUGCUGGCACCAGUCUACGAAAGGUGGUACAGAUGCAGCUUGGAGGAUUGCUGAAAGAGUUUGAGGUAGUAAGCAGCGGUGCAUCUCGGGAGUAUAGCUUAGAGCUCUCACUGGCCAACAUGCGGAGUGCAUGGGAGUCAGCACAACUUACCAAGGCCCCACACCAAGAGGUGGAUGUGGAGGUACUAGCAGGGCUACAAGAGGUGCGGGAGCUGGUGGAGGAUCACCUAAUUAUUACCCAUACUAUUAAAAAUUCUCCGUUCGUUGGGCCAUUUGUUGAUGAUGUGAAGGAGUGGGAGAGGAUCCUCCGAACAGUGCAGGAGACACUCACUGUGUGGUUAAAGGUACAAACACUAUGGGUAGAACUGACUCCUGUCUUCUCCACUCCUGAUCUGCCACUCCAACUGCCAGAUGAACAUAAACUAUUUCAGGAACUGGAUGAGAAAUGGGUGUCAGUGAUGGAGGAGACUGUGUCCACUGAACAGUUGUUAGAUGUAGUUGGGGAUGCUGAUGCUCUUGAGGAGGUGUCUUAUUGCCUCAAUAAUUUUGCUGUCAUCCAGAAGGCUGUUCAUGCCUAUCUUGAUAACAAGAGAAGGAUCUUCCCAAGACUGUACUUCCUUUCUAAUGAGGAACUGGUAGCACUUCUGUGUGAAAAGGAUGUUUUAAGGUUGGAGCAGCAUAUCCGCAAGUGUUUCGAUGGUGUUCACUUGCUCCAUCUGGAUGAUUGCUGUGAUAUUUAUGCUGUGGAGAGCAAAGAAGGUGAAGUUGUCCAGCUCAUCAAAAAGCUUCCAACCUCUCAAGCCCACCACAGCAUUGAGAACUGGCUGCUCCAGUUUCAGGAAUCUCUUAUCUUUACACUGAAGAUGAAGACAUGCUCAGGUGCUGAUACAUGGUCUCGGCAAGGUGGUAGUUCUGGAGGGGAUAUUGACAUUCUCCUACCACCCUGGCCACUCCAGGUGACGCUAACAGUGAGACACAUCUUUUGGACAGCUGAGGUCCAUCAAGCUAUCUGUGGAGGAACUCAGGCUUUGCAAGAGUGUCUAACUCGGGUUGAGAAGGAGGUUCGAUUGCUUGUUUCUGUCCUCAGAAAGAACAAUUUAGAUGGCAAUAGUCAGUCUGUCAGUACACCUCAUUCCCCUGGUACUCCAUCAACCCCAGGUACCCCAUCCACACCAGUAUCAUCAUCCAGGGUGAGCACAACCUCUAUCAUUCCUCCCAGUCCAUCCCGUCAUGCCCUCUCUACCCUCAUACUGGUCACAGUUUAUGCCAGGGACAUACUCAGAGACCUGAUUCGUCAAGGUGUUAGUGAUGAGGAAUCAUUUACCUGGCUGUCUCAGCUCAGGUGUUACUUGAAUGAGGAUGAGAUAGAGGCAAGGAUGCUGUUUUGUCCUUUACCAUGGGGCUGGGAGUAUGUGGGAGCAGAAGGACGUUUGGUAGUGACACCCCUCACUGCCCGUGCCCACCAUACACUCGUCACUGCUUAUCAUGCACACCUGGGAGGAGCACCAGAGGGCCCUGCUGGCACUGGAAAGACAGAGACAGUCAAGGAUCUUGCCCGUUCACUGGCCAUGAACUGCUUAGUGUUCAACUGUUCUGAUGACUUGGAUUAUAUUUCAAUGGGCAAGUUCUUUUCUGGAGUGGCAGCAUCUGGUAGCUGGGCUUGCUUUGAUGAAUUUAACAGGCUUGAGGUAGGAGUGUUAAGUGUGGCAGCCCAACAGAUCCUAACAGUAGUGAGUGCUAGAAGGGAGGCCAGAGAUACAUUCUGUAUGGAGGGAGGCCAACCCCUUUCCCUCAACCCAAAGGGCUUCAUUACUGUAACAAUGAACCCUCAGUACAAGGGCCGUGUCACACUUCCUGAUAAUCUUAAGCUGCUUCUCCGGCCUGUGUCAAUGAUGAUGGCAGACUACCACUCCAUUGCUGAAGUUUCACUGCUGUCAUGUGGGUUCCUGCAUGCCCGUGCCCUUGCAGCUCGUAUCGUCAGUGUCAUGCAUUAUGCACAGCAGAUGCUUCACCCUCACCACCACUAUGACUUUGGUAUGCGAGCUGUCAAAACUGUACUGAUGGUCACUGGUAGACUGCGUAUCUCUUUCCCUGAGUGGUCAGAGACAGAAGUUAUUCUCCGGGCCUUACGAGAGGUCAACCAUCCAAAGCUGGUCACUGAAGACUUCCGCAGGUUUGAGGACAUCUUGGUAGACUUCUUUCUGGAGCUGCCACCCACACCAAGACCACCUGAUGACGAUCUCACUAAAUAUAUUGAGCAGGUAUGUGCUGAUGGUGGACUGUUGGUAACCAAUGAGUUUGUGCUGAAGAUUUUACAACUAUUUGAGACACUAAAGGAGAGACAUGGUGUUAUGCUGGUCGGCCCUCCCUGUGCUGCCAAAACUACCAUCAUCAAGACACUAUCCUCGGCCCUGAGUUUGAUGGAAAGUGAUCGACCAAUCACCAUUGAGGCCUUGAACCCAAAGACACUAGCACAGGGACAGUUAAUUGGUUCCCUGAGCCCGGUCUCUCGAGAGUGGUCUGAUGGUCUGUUGGCACAGAUUAUUAGGCGAGGCAGAGCACAACGGUACUGGCUGGUGCUGGAUGGCCCAGCUGAUGCUUCCUGGGUAGAGAACCUCAACACAGCACUUGAUGACUCUCGCAAGCUGUGCCUGCCCUCGGGGGAGACUCUUCCUUUACCUACUGACAUGGCAGUCAUAUUUGAGGUUUUGGAUUUAUCACAGGCUUCCCCCGCCACUGUGUCGCGGUGCGGUAUGGUGUACGUAGGUGGUGGCACUGUUACGUGGAAUGUUGUUCUACACUCAUGGCUCCAUGCCCAUGCUCAUGACACUUGGUGGGAGGAAUACUCCCAUAUCCUGGAAGACCUUGCCAAUUGGCUCAUCCCGCCAUCCUUGACUUUUGCUUUAGAACACUGUCGUUUCUUGGUGCCCAUCAUCGAAGUUUCACUUAUCAGGUCUGUGUUUCCACUUACGGCAACAAUGAUAGAGGAUGUGCUGCAAGACUCCUCUGUCUUGCAGAAGGACACUGCCAAGGUGGGCCCCAUCUGGACCACAGCAGCUUUUCUCUUCUCCCUCACCUGGUCCCUUGCUGGUGCCAUGACUAUGGACACUAAAGAUGCUUUUAGUGAUUUCUUUAGAAGACUUGUAAUGGGUUACAUUCCAGCUUAUCCACCACCAAACUCUAUAGGACAAAUUGGCUGUCCAUAUCCAACUGAGGGGAGUGUCUUUGAUGUGAUGUUUGAUGCCAAACAGCGGUCUUUCUGGCGGCCUUGGACUGAUGUUGUUAAACAUGCUGAGAUCACAGAAACCUCAAAAAUCUCAACCGUUCUUGUUCCCUUGAUAGAAUCUGCCAGAUUAGACUACCUGUUAGAUGUAUGUGGACGAUCCACUGGGGGAAUACUAGUGGUUGGUGAGGGUCAAAGUGGACGUAGAGUAAUAACACAGCACUACCUACAAGGCCUUGCCACCUCAACUGUUGAUUCAGUCAUAAUUCCCAUCACUCCAGUUACCACAGCACACAUGUUAAAGUCUGUUGUGAUGAGCCGCAUGGCACCACGGGAGUGUGGGAAGUGGGGUGCCAAGGAAGGUCGUAGGCUGGUAGUGUUUGUGGAUGAUCUUCACCUAGCGGCUCAAGACAAUUACUAUGCACAGCCAGUCCAUGAAGCAGUGAGGGAGGCGAUGCACCACAACAAUUGGGUCAGUACUGAAAGCACCACAAAAAUGUGUUUGGAGGAUGUGACAUGGAUUGGUGGUACCUCCUUGAACUUAGGAAAUAAAGCCGCAAAUGAUGAUGAUGCAGCAGGGACGGGUUUGUUGGAGCCCAGGUGUUUGGCUGGCUUUAUUGUGAUUGUUGCCCACACACUUUCUAAGGACACUAUCAAUCGAAUCUUCACCACUCAACUCAAUGUUUUUCUCCGAGCUGGAGGCUUCGUACCAGACAUGUUUACUGUGGUGGCAGGCAUUGUGGCUGGUACCCUUGAUGUUUUGCACUAUGCCCAAGUAUCACUACCAUCAACACCUACCAAGAGCCAUUAUGUAUUUAACUUGGCCACUGCUGCUCGUGUAAUUCACUCUGUUAGCUUCUUGAGAAAAGAAUCCAUGGAAACAAAGAGGCACUUUGUCAGGUUGUGGGUACAUGAGAUAUACCGGGAAUUUUGUGAUCGAUUGACAGACGCAUCAGAGGUGACACCCAUCUACAACAUUCUUGUCAAUACCAUUAAGACUAGCUUCAGAGACAAGAUUCAUGUAAUCUUUGACAAACUCUGCAAUGAAGAUGGAUCGGAGAAAAACAAUUCAAGCCAAAAUCAAUUAAUUUUGAAUCAUCAAGGGAAGACCAGCAACCAACAGAAUCCACCUAAGGUGACAGAGGCUUGCAUCGAGCGUGCAUGUUGGGGCUUGAUGGGCAGCAUAGACACUACAGCAGAAGAAAGGCGUUAUGAGGAGCUCACAGAUGCUGCUCAGCUCCAUCAAACAAUCACUCUCUUUAUUGAUGAGUACAAUAAUGAGAACAGCACACCAUUAAAUCUUGUCACUUUCAAGUAUGUGGUUAAUCAUGUGUCCCGGAUAUGUCGUGUACUAGGACGAGCAGGUGGUCAUCUUAUGCUGGUGGGCAUGGGUGGGUCAGGCCGACGUUCCCUGGCCCGCCUAGCUGCACAUAUUUGCGGACAUAAGCUUGCUUAUCCAUUCAUCAAUGCCCAAGAUGGGUAUGCAGAGCUAAGGAAAGUAUUGAAGGAAUCCCUGAUCAGAGCAGGUGUUGAUGAAAAGGCCACAGUAGUGGUGGUUGGGGAUGCUGUACUUCAACAUCCAACUGUUCUACACCUGCUUAAUACACUAAUUCUUACUGGUGAUGCACCCAACUUGCUGCCUCCAGAGGACCACAGCUAUCUAAUGGAGCGCCUACGUCUGUCCACUGAGGAUCGCAGUGUAAGUGAAGCAGACCUGUGGCGGGAACAAGUACAACGUGUAGCAGAUCUUGUACAUGUGGUAAUAACUUGUCCACCCUCUUCUGUGCUCCGCCACACCCUCAUCCAAUAUCCUGCCUUUGCAACCCAUGUUACCAUGGAUUACUUCAAGCCAUGGCCACAAGAAGCACUUGUAAAAGUGGGUGAGCACUAUCUGGCAGAAGUUCCCCUAAGAAGAUCUAUUAAAGAUGCUGUCAUUUCUGCUGCUACAGCCACACACCAGACUGCCAGACAAAUGUCAGAACAGAUCAUAGCAGAAGGAAAAUGGUGUCUUCCUGUGACCCCUGCCUUGUAUCUCCACCUUCUGCAGGAGUUCCGUAGCCUAUUCACCACCCGGCAGGCUCACACCUCCUCCCUCAAAAAGAAAUAUCUUUCUGGGCUUGAUAAAUUAGCUUUUGCUGCCUCUCAGAUCUCAGUGAUGCAGGAGAUGCUGGCAUCACUUGGUCCCCAAAUAGAAGAAGCCUCCCACGAUGUGUCCAAGAUGAUGGAGCUGAUUGAACAGGAAUCUAUGGAGGUUGAGGCUCGAAGAAAGCUCGUGGCUGCAGAGGAGACAGAGGCUGGAGUACAUGCAGCACGUGCCCAAGCAUUGAAAGACGAGUGCCAGACAGAACUGAACCAGGCACUCCCAGCUCUACAGGAGGCAGUUGAGGCCCUCAACACACUCAAGCCUGCAGACAUCACAGUUGUAAAGAGUAUGAAGAAUCCUCCACAUGCAAUUAAGCUUGUCAUGGCUGCAGUCUGUGUCAUGUUGGAAAUCAAGCCUGAAAAGUUAAAAAACAGCAGUGUUAAAGCGACAUUUGACUUUUGGGGCCCAAGCAAACGUCUCCUGAGUGAUCUGAGCUUCUUGCAGCAGCUGCGAGACUAUGACAAAGAUGACAUCCCCGACUCUGUCAUGGAUAAGAUUAACAAGGAAUAUGUUCGCCUACCAGAGUUUGACCCAACAUCAGUAGCUAAAGCAUCAAGUGCUGCUGAAGGACUGUGUAAAUGGGUCCGUGCCAUGGCCUCAUACAAUGCAAUUGCUAAGGUUGUAGCUCCAAAGAGAGAACGUCUGGUAGAAGCUGAGGCUGAAGUGGCUGCCAUCAUGUCUGUAGUUGAAGCCAAGAGAGGACAGCUCAGGGAAUUGGAAGAAAAGUUGGAAGUCCUUCAGCGUCGCUUCUCGCUCUCAUGUCGUGAAAAGGAGAACCUUGAGACCGAGCAGAAACUUUGUGCACUCAAAUUAGAAAGGGCAAGAAAACUUAUAAGUGGACUGGGAGGGGAGCAGACUCGUUGGGAGGCUGCAGCAGACAAUGCUGCUGCAGACCUGGCACGCUUACCAGGUGACACUUUGCUUGCUGCUGCAUCGUUAGCAUAUCUUCCACCUCACCAGCCUGAUGUUAGAGAUCGACUGGUGGAAGAAUGGAUCUUGGCAGUGAAGGAGGCAAAGCUUGAGGUAACUGAUUCCUUCAGCCUGGUGGACACACUCACCCCAGCACUAGACAUUCGUGCAUGGGGCCUUGAGGGACUUCCCACUGACUCUUUCUCACUUCAGAAUGCCACCAUCAUCAAGCACACUGUGAAGUGGCCACUGCUUGUAGAUCCUGAUGACCAGGGUACACGCUGGAUCCAAGAGCAUGAAGCUGCCAAUAACCUAGAAAUCAUCCAGGAACAGGAUAUUGACAAGUUGUCUCCCAAAGCUGUGGGUGGGGCACGGGUAACUGUUUUAGAGGAUGUGCUGACUCGCUGUGUUCCAAAGGGUCGGCCAGUCCUUCUUCUUGAUCUGUCUGGAGAUCCACCGUCUAUUCUCACCAACAUUAUCAACCACACUACAACAGAAGAAGGUGGUGUCCGGGUGGUGAGUGUUGGGACCCUCACGUUGAGAUACAACAAUGAUUUCCGGCUGUACCUAGCCACUCGACAACCGCGACCUCAUUUUUCCCUGGAGACUGCUGCUGCUCUCACUGUUGUCAAUUUCACUGUUACUGUUCAUGGUCUACAUGGUAACCUGCGACAGAUCCUCGUCAGGAAAGAGCGCCCUGAAUUGGAGGAUGAACGACAGAAACUAGUGUUGACAACAUCUUCAUACCAACGUGCUUUGCAAGGGACUGAGGAACGUAUCUUGCAUACUUUGUCUUCUGUGCAGGGGAACAUCUUGGAGUCUGAAGAAGCCAUCAUGAUACUUCAGGAUACUAAGCAAAUGUCAGAUGAGAUCAAGCGUAAACAGGAGCAAUGCGUGGAGACAGAGGCAGCCUUGCUUCUUUGCUGCCAGCAGUAUGAGGCAGUGUCAAGACCUGCAGCUGCUCUCUACAUGACUCUGGCAAGCCUCUGCUCUCUCUCACACAUGUACCAGUUUUCUCUCAGUUGGUACAUUAAUCUGUACAUCAAUGUUAUAGAGACAACUGGGAAGAGCUCAGUAUUAGAGCGUCGCCUGAGCCUGUUGCAGGAAUCACUAGUGAGUCACGUCCAUUCAGCAGUGGUGUGUGGCCUGGCUGCUGCUCAUAGGCUGCCUUUUACUUUCCUCAUUGCCCUUCAUGUCCUGAGAUUUUCAGGAGGAGUGGAUCCAGGUGAAGAGGCCUGGCUUCAUCACCUGGUGGCUACCAAUAAUAGUGGAGCUCCUCCCCCCUCAGACUGGCUGCAUCCUUCACUGAUUCCUUCAUGGCCAGCCCUUCAUCACCUCAUGACUCUUCCCUCUUUCAAAGGUCUUAAAGAAAGCCUUAAAGAAGAUGCAACAUCCUGGGGGAAUCUCAUGGCCAGUAAUCUGCCUGAGAAAUCUUUACUUCCCCGGCCAUGGAACCGUCUUCCACACAUACCUUGGCUUAUCUUCAUCUCUGCUCUCAGGCAAGAUAAGGUUACCUGGGCAGUGAAAACAAUUGUUGAGGAAGUUCUUGGUCCCCAGUUUAUAUCAGCUGCCCCUGCAGGCAUAGGCAAAUAUUUAGAUGCUCCCACAACUGUGAGUGUGUCAUCUCAUAUCCCUGGUGGUACUCCUCCAACCCCAGUUCCCCUUCUGUUGGUGACUACAGCUGGAGUUGAUGCACUGGAGGAAGUUUUGCUGCUAGCAAGUCGGAAAUCAGAAAUAACACUUGCAAAUGUGUCCCUAGGCCAAGGGCAGUCCAGUGUGGCAGAGGCAGCUCUCAACAUAAGUGCUUGUGAAGGUGGAUGGGUGGUGCUGCAGAAUCUCCAUCACGCAUUGGAUUGGCUACCAACCCUGGCUAACAUAAUUACACAGCUCUAUAGUAAAACCGCUACAAAGAGCCAUUCACGUUCUGGUAAUGGCUCUCUUAACCCUAACUUUAGGCUGAUUCUCACCACUGAGCCAACAGAUGAGUUUCCCACAUCUUUGUUGCGUGGUGUGGAGAAGGUGUACAUUGACAGUCCUGGAGAUGCAUGCCACGCUUUGCAGGAAGCUGUCAUAACCCUGGCCCGCCAUGCUUCUCACCUCCAAUUUGAUGAUGAGGAUGAAGAGGAAGAGGCAGCAACGUAUCGAUUGCUACAUGGGUUGGGGAUCUUCCACACAGUAGUGAGUGAGAGAGGACGCCAUGGUCACCUUGCCUGGGCGAGUCCUCCAACCUUCACCAAUGCUGACCUAACUCUAUCCAUCAGUGUUGUUACUUCCAGUGUUGAGGAGGGUCGUCAGGUUGACCCAGAGACCUUGGAGUACUUGGUUGGGCAGGUGUUUUAUGGUGGUCGUGUGCUGAGAACUGAAGACCAGCAGGUCAUCACCAGCAUCCUCAAAGAUGUACUCACAGUCUCUCUUAAACUCCCAGAGGAAGAUGAAAGUCCCAGGUGGCCAGAUGAUUCACAGGAUCAACAAGACACUGACAUGGGGGAUGGCAGGCAAAAUAAUGCCACUGAUGAAAAUGAUGAAUUGGGGCUCUCCAUACUGUUUCCAGAUUAUAUUUUGAAACUUGAUGAUCUUCAGGAAUUUGUUAAAGGCAUUACAGGGUUGGAGAGACCUGAGAUAUUUGGGCUGCCUUUAGGAGUACAGUAUCUUCAGGAGAUUGAAACUGGGCAGCAGUUCUUAACAUCUCUAGCAACUGUGGGUGGGGCACAGACACUUCAAGGAUCAACAGAGAGGAGCGUGGCUCAGGAAUUGAUUAAUCUGAAGAAAAUGCUGCCACUGCCAAUUCUCCAAUUGGAGGAAGUGAAACAAUGUGAGGAUAAGGAGUUGGUUGAUGUAGUGAAGCGGGAAGUUCAUUGCUACAACAGUAUAUUGCAGACUAUCUUGCUAAGUUUAGAUGCUGCUGUACAAGCCACAACAGGGGUUGGCAGCUGGAGCUACGGGUGUGAGGAAGUGAUAUCUGCGGUUACACUAGGACACACACCACCUGCCUGGACACAAUUGUGUACUUACCCUGUCCCAACUGUGCUCCGUCACUUCCUUCACGACCUGCAUAUCAGGAUCCACUUCUUCAGGAACUGGAUAGAAAGAGGCUGCCCCUUAUAUUUUAGGCUUGGUACAUUUCAAUUUUUGCCAGCAUUUUUGACAACAGUGCUGCGCAAAGCAGCUCGUACUUCCUCCAGGCCUCUGCAUCAUCUGAAUUGGAAUUUCCACAUCACUGAUGUUUCUGAUGUUCCCCCUGACACCUUGCCUGACUUGGUUCCUGAAAUUAUUGAUGAGGUAGAAUCCUUAAAUAAGAAAAACCCAGAAAACAUUUCAGAUGACGGGCAGGGUGAUAACACAAGAUAUGUGUUAGAAACUAGAGCAGAACAACAUGAAGCUACAGAGGAAGUUAUUGAUGCAGAUGCUGCACUGCCCAGUGAAGAUGACAGUGGACAGGAGCAAGCUCACAAGGCAGUUAUUGGCUUGAAUACUGAAGAAUCCAUGAGAAAAUGGGAGGAGCUUGGGCAAUAUGGACUGCUUGUGUCUGGAGUUUGGCUUGUUGGUGCUUCUUGGAAUUCUACAAGGUAUGAACUAGAGGAGCCAUCGUCACAAGAACUGAUGGAACAGUUGCCUAUUCUGAAGUUGAUUCCCACAGUUACUGCAGAGAAUGGUUCUUACACAGCAAGAGGACUAAUAUCUUCAUGCACUACUGCACGCUCGUCAUCUCAACCACCAGCAACUCACUCGGAAGAGAGUAACGAUGUAGAUGGCUUAAAACAACAAUCAAAUCCCUUGGAGGCAACUGAAAUGCCUUCCACUCUGCCAUUUUCAAGACAUGAUGGACAGAAAAUCUUAGAUAAACAACAUACCACUCGUUUUUCAGCUAAGGCUCUGGAGCACUUGAAUGAAAAUCCUUCUCUAGAUAUCUGUCUUGAGGAUGAGAUGGCACUAAGCAGUAAGAGUGAACUGCCAUCUACAACCAGAUCCAGAUAUUAUGAGUGUCCAGUGUAUGAGGGAGGACCAGAUAGUACCCCUGGAUCACCUUUACUAACUAUCACUCUUUCAGCAGGGGAGAGAGGAGCAAAUUAUUGGGUACAGAGACGUGUGGCUAUGUACCUAAGUAAACACUAAUUUAUUAUAUUAAUUCAUUUAGACAUUCAAAAUACAGUAAGAGACUUAUCUUUUCUAUCAAUAAUCCCUUUUUCAUUCUCACAUACAUUGGGUUAUAAAAGAUAACAGGAACUUCAAGAAGGGUAGAUCACUAUACUGUACUAGGUUCACCGGUACUUUAAGUGGAUUUGCACUGACACAGUAUAAUUUACCACUCAAA